AUGAGACGCAAAGCAGUUGGAAGGGAGGAGUGAGGCGAAGAGGGGCGAUGCAAACAAAGCAAAGGGAUGAAAAAUCGAUACUGGAUGGAGAGAGAAUGAGAAAGCGCGUGCACUAAAAUCGUGGAGAAGAAGAAGAAAGAAGAAACGCUCUCUCUCGUUCUCUCCGCCUUUCAACUCUUUUAUAUACAUACAUCUCACAAGAACCCCUUCUGUCUCUCUCUCUCUCUCUCUCUCUCUGCAGAAAUGGCAGCGAUUUUGCAUGGAUUUGGAGCUGUAGCUGCUCUUUCUUCAUCUGAUUCUUUCAAUUCCAAGAGAUUCCAGCUUGGAUCUUUCAAGUCGCUGCAGCUACUGCCGGGAAGGAGCGGGAGUGUUCUUGUUGUCAGAUCGGAUGCCAGCUUCUCCGGCCCUGGGAAUCCGAGGCUUCGCACUGGGAAGCCGAUCACCAAUGCAGUUGCAGCCAAGGCUGAUGCUCCGGCGAGUGCAUCUGCAUCUAAACCUGGGCAUGAACUCCUGUUAUUUGAAGCACUGCGUGAAGGCCUGGAAGAAGAGAUGGACAGAGAUCCACGAGUAUGCGUCAUGGGGGAAGACGUUGGUCACUAUGGAGGCUCGUACAAGGUGACCAAAGGAUUGGCCCCAAAGUAUGGCGAUCUGAGGGUGCUGGACACUCCCAUUGCUGAGAACUCUUUCACGGGCAUGGCUGUAGGGGCAGCCAUGACCGGCCUGAGGCCGAUCAUUGAAGGCAUGAACAUGGGUUUCCUCUUGUUGGCCUACAAUCAGAUCUCCAACAACUGCGGCAUGCUUCAUUACACUUCUGGUGGCCAAUUCACAAUCCCAGUUGUCAUCCGCGGUCCAGGAGGUGUUGGGCGUCAGCUGGGGGCUGAGCACUCUCAGCGCUUGGAAUCUUACUUUCAGUCAGUCCCUGGACUCCAGAUGGUUGCAUGUUCCACUCCUUACAAUGCCAAGGGCCUGAUGAAGGCAGCCAUCAGGAGUGAGAACCCAGUCAUACUGUUUGAGCACGUGCUGCUGUAUAAUCUCAAGGAGAGGAUCCCUGAUGAGGAGUAUGUACUCUCACUGGAGGAGGCAGAGAUGGUGCGGCCAGGAGAGCAUGUGACAAUUCUCACUUACUCGCGCAUGAGGUACCACGUAAUGCAGGCAGCAAAGACCCUGGUGAACAAGGGAUAUGACCCUGAGAUCAUUGACAUCAGGUCGCUUAAGCCAUUUGACCUGUACACAAUAGGGAACUCGGUCAAGAAGACUCACCGAGUGCUGAUAGUGGAGGAGUGCAUGCGCACAGGUGGGAUUGGUGCCAGCCUCAGGGCAGCAAUCAUCGAGAAUUUCUGGGACUACUUGGAUGCCCCGAUCAUGUGCCUAUCAUCGCAAGAUGUGCCAACACCUUAUGCUGGAACUCUGGAGGAGUGGACUGUGGUUCAGCCACCACAGAUUGUAGCGGCAGUGGAGCAGCUCUGUCAGUAGCAGCUGGGUGUGGUGUUUGCAGAGAGUUUUUUUGUGCUUAGAUUGCCCUCAUUUUGUGAAUUUAAAUAUUUUGAGCCAGGGAUUGAGGUUAUUUUAAGUUAUUAUUACUGUUAGCAACUUUUCUUAUUUCAUUUGCUCUUCUAAGUUUUAUAGAGAAUCUGUGCCCAACCCAUUAUCAAAGCCUGUAACUUGGGAGGGAAAGAUACGCCUCUGAAAUAAAGACAAUUCAGCACAUAGCGGAUGGAUUUCCUUGAAUUGGUGCAAUAAUCUGGCAAAUGGCCCGUUAGAUUGA